AUGCUGCCGUACCUUGGCAGUAGUGGCGGCGGCGGCGGUGGCGGCGGUGGCGGUGGUGGCGGUGGUGGCGGUGGUGGCGGUGGCGGUCGGAGCGGUGGUAGUGGUGGCGGCGGAGGUCGGAGUGGAGGCACUGGCUCGGGCCAGAGCUCCCAGCAGCAGCAGCGUCCCCAGACGACCCAGCAGCUUCGUGAGUGGCUUGCUCAGCGUGGGACGUCGGGGGGCAGUGGCCGCUGUUCUUAUGUCAUUCGCACAGGUGACCGCAAGGGACAGACGUGUGGGAGGUUCCACACCCCGUACCGCUGCUUCUCCCGCCUUGACGACGCUUGGCGUGAGGAGAUGGGUGCGGAUGUUGAGCGCCCCCGCUGGGCUGAGCUCAUGAGGGCUGGUGUUGAUGUCUUUGCUCUUGACUUUGAUGCUAUUAUUGCUGCCAUGUAUGCAUUGACUGUUAGUGCCGAGGGAGACUGUUACUUGUGUGUGCCGCCUGACCCAGGUAUAGAGCCCGCUGCCCUGGGUACUAGUGAGUCUGCUCUCUCUGGUAUGGUGCCCCCUGUACUUGCUCCCUCCAGUGCUGUCCCGGCUGUUUUCGAGUCUGCUCUCUCAGGUACAGCACCCACAGAGACUGCUCUCUCAGGUACCGCACCGGCUGAGGCCUGUCACACCUUCACCCUUGACUCAGUCCUUGCCCAGUCCACCACUGUCCUCCCUUGUCCGGCGGUUCCGUCUGGCUCGUUGUCGGGUUUCCACCUCCCCUCGUUCUCGACGAACCUGGUGAGCAACGCUGUCCUCCAGGAUCAGUGGGUUGACACCUUUACCCCUGGCGGACAGCGUGUGGCGAUCUGCACGUGCUCCAGGACCGGCCGUCACCUGGCUACGUUUACCCGUCGGCCGGGGUCGAGUCUCUACACACUGACCACUGCGUCUCCUCAGGUCGCUGCUGUCGGUCAGGUGUCUGCGUCAGGUCUGGUAGCCCACGCCUGUGAGUGUCGUUCCCUGUCGCACCAGACUCUUCUCUGGCACCACCGCCUGGGUCACCCCUCCUUGCCACGCCUUCGUGGCAUGCACCGUCGCCACCUUGUGUCUGGUCUUCCCAGGUCCCUCCCUCCCCUCCCUGCCUCGCCUGCGCCGCCUUGCCUUCCUUGCGUCGAGGGGCGGCAGCGCGCCGCUCCUCACUCCUCCUCGUUCCCCCCGACAGAGGCUCCUCUGCAGACCCUCCACCUGGACGUGUGGGGCCCAGCCCGCGUUCGUGGUCAGGGCGGUGAGCGGUACUUUUUGCUGGUUGUCGACGACUACUCGCGUUACACCACGGUCUUCCCCUUGCGCACCAAGGGUGAGGUCCCUGCUGUUCUGAUCCCUUGGAUCCGCACGGUUCGUCUCCAGCUCCGCCGCCGUUUCCGGACGGAUCUUCCUGUCCUGCGUCUGCACUCUGACAGAGGUGGUGAGUUUUCCUCCGAUCUCUUGAGGACCUUCUGUCAGGCGGAGGGCAUCGAGCAGACCUUCACGCUUCCGGACUCCCCACAGCAGAAUGGGGUUGCUGAGCGCCGCAUUGGCCUGGUCAUGGAGGUCGCUCGUACCUCCUUGGUCCACGCGGCGGCUCCCCAUUUUCUGUGGCCGUUUGCUGUCCGGUACGCCGCGCAUCAGCUCAACCUCUGGCCCCGUGUCUCCUUGCCGGAGACCUCGCCCACACUGCGUUGGACGGGGGAGGUUGGCGAUGCGUCGCGCUUCCGGGUGUGGGGUGCUCGUGCCCUUGUCCGCGAUACGUCCGCGGACAAGCUCUCCUCCCGCACGCUUCCCUGUGUCUUCCUUGGCUUUGUCCCUGACGCGCCUGGCUGGCAGUUUUACCACCCCACCUCGCGCCGGGUCUUCGCCUCUCAGGAUGUCACCUUUGACGAGUCGGUGUCUCUCAGGUAG